AACGCGUAUAAACUCUCAUAGUUUCCUCCGCAUCUGGUCAGAUCUGUGAUAUAUACACACACACAUACAGAUUCUAUCAAUCAAGCUGUUUGAGAACGAAAAUGGAUGCCUUGGAUUCAGUGUUUGAGCCAUUGAGAGAAUUCUCAAAAGACAGCUAUCGUCUAGUCAAAAGAUGCCACAAACCUGAUCGCAAAGAAUUCUCCAAGGUAGCGGUCCGUACGGCUAUUGGAUUUGUGGUGAUGGGAUUUGUAGGGUUUUUCGUUAAGCUCAUCUUUAUCCCUAUUAACAACAUCAUUGUUGGAUCUGUUUAGAGGUCGUACAAUUGUGAAGGGAUGCAUGGAGGAAGUUAGUGGUUUGCCAAAUGGUUUAAAAAGAAAACUGUGAUGUAUUGUAGGAAACUUUUUUUCGUGUUCUGUUCAUGUAGAAUGAGAUUUGUUGUUUAAUGAUUUAAUGUUGAACUUAUACCAGCUUUUACAUCAUCUGCAAUUUUUCA